UUUCCUUUUAUCUUCGUGUUACUGAUUUCUAGUUUAAUUCUAUUGUGUUCAGAGAACAAACUCUGUAUGAUUUCAGUUGUUUUAAAUUUGCUGAGAUUUGUUUAUGGCCCAGGUUACCUCAUAUCUUGCUAAGUGUCCCAUGGACAUGAAAAAAAAAUGUGUAUUCCGCUGCGUUGCGGUAUUACGUAAAUGCUGAUUAGUUCCGGUUGGUUAACAGUGUUGUUGUGUCCACAGAAGCACUGGAGAAAGAUUGUAACCUGAGGUGACAGGCUUGAUUGUGUCCUGGUUAGUAUGAUGGGACACACCUCUGCUUGCUGCCUUCCCUCUGGACAACCCUCAGCCCCUCAAUCGCUACAUCACCUCAACAUGGCCGCACACAGGCCAGAGUGUCUACAUGGGCGCCGCCAUACUGGCGCCCCGCCUAAGCCACUGAAACGGGAGCGUGUUUGGCAAAGCGCCAUGUUGACUACUGGCAACCUUCGGCCACGAAGACUGCUGAGCAUGCGCACACCCAGGCAGCGCUGUAAGAAGUAGGGCAUUGAGAAAAAGGAAGUGGGUCCUGUUCUGGUUCUUGCGACUAUAGUCACCGCCCGAAGCAAAUGACCACUGGUCCUGAGAGAACGUGGUGAGGGGCAGGUGAAUAGAGGGAUGGCAGCAUCUGUGGACUGAGCAAGAAGAAUCUCUGAUGUCUGUCGUGAGCCCUCCGAUCUCUGCCCCUUUGUCUGAAGAGCCAAAAAUGACCAAGUCCCUGGAAUCAGUGUCAUUCAAGGACGUAACUGUAGACUUCAGUAGGGAUGAGUGGCAACAAUUAGACCUUGCUCAGAAAAGCCUGUACAGAGAAGUGAUGCUGGAAAACUAUUUCAACUUGAUCUCAGUGGGAUGUCAAGUUCCCAAACCAGAAGUCAUCUUCAGCUUGGAACAAGAAGAGCCAUGUAUGUUGGAUGGUGAGAUCUCCGGUCAGAGCCAUCCAGCCCCAUCUGGACCUGCUUGGAGCUGUCCCCAGAAAGCCUCAUUAUAUGGGGACAUUGGUUUUGGACCUUUACAACAGAGAAUGUCUGACGAAAUUUCUUUCCAGUCUGAGAUUAAUAUUAAUCUCUUCAAAAGAGAUGACCCAUAUUCCAUUUUAGAAGAAGUGUGGAAAGAUGAUGAACACACAAGAAAAUGUGGAGAAAACCAGAACAAACUUUUAAGUCAUGUUGCCUUCAUUAACAACAAAACACUAGCUAACGACAGGGUCUGUGAAUAUAAGGACAUUGGGGAAAUAGUUCAUGUAAACACACACCUGGUUUCCUCAAGAAAAAGACUUCAUAACUGUAACUCAUUUGGAAAGAAUUUGGAGCCUAUUGUAACCUUAUAUAAUAGAAACAAUGCAACAGAAAAUUCUGAUAAGACUAUUGGAGAUGGUGAUAUUUUCACUCAUAUGAAUUCUCAUACAGAAGUGACGGCUUGUGAAUGUAAUCAGUGUAGGAAAUCUCUGCAUCAUAAGCAAGCUCUCAUUCAACAUCAGAAAAUUCAUACUAGAGAGCGCCUCUAUUUGUUUUCUGACUAUGUAAAUGUUUUCUCCCCGAAGUCACAUGCCUUUGCACAUGAGAGCAUUUGUACUGAAGAAAAGCAGCAUGAAUGCCAUGAACGUGAGGCAGUCUUCACUCAGAAGUCCCAGCUUGAUGGCCGUCAGAGGGUUUAUGCAGGAAUAUGCACUGAAUAUGAGAAGGAUUUUUCCCUCAAGUCAAACCAUCAGAAAACUCCUGAGGGGAAUUACUAUAAAUGCAGUGACUAUGGAAGAGCCUUUAUCCAGAAGUCAGAUCUGUUCAGAUGCCAGAGAAUUCAUUCUGGAGAAAAACCCUAUGAGUACAGUGAAUGUGAGAAAAACCUCUCUCAGAAUUCAAACCUUAAUAUACAUAAAAAAAUUCAUACUAGAGAGAAACACUUUGAAUGUACUGAAUGUGGAAAAGCUUUCACAAGGAAAUCAACACUAAGUAUGCAUCAGAAAAUCCAUACAGGAGAAAAACCUUAUGUAUGUACUGAAUGUGGGAAGGCCUUUAUCCGGAAGUCACAUUUUAUCACACAUGAAAGAAUUCAUACUGGAGAAAAACCCUAUGAAUGCAGUGACUGUGGAAAAUCCUUUAUUAAAAAAUCACAACUCCAUGUGCAUCAGCGAAUUCACACAGGAGAGAAUCCCUUUAUAUGUUCAGAAUGUGGGAAGGUCUUCACUCACAAGACAAAUCUCAUUAUACACCAGAAAAUCCACACAGGAGAAAGACCCUAUAUAUGUACUGUAUGUGGUAAGGCCUUUACUGACAGGUCAAAUCUCAUUAAGCACCAAAAAAUUCAUACUGGAGAGAAACCUUAUAAAUGCAGCGACUGUGGAAAAUCAUUCACCUGGAAGUCACGGCUCAGGAUACAUCAGAAGUGUCAUACUGGAGAGAGACAUUAUGAAUGCAGUGAAUGUGGGAAAGCCUUCAUUCAGAAGUCAACACUAAGUAUGCACCAGAGAAUUCAUAGAGGGGAAAAACCAUAUGUUUGCACUGAAUGUGGUAAGGCCUUCUUCCACAAAUCCCAUUUUAUUACACAUGAGAGAAUUCAUACUGGAGAGAAACCCUAUGAAUGCAGUAUUUGUGGGAAAUCCUUCACUAAGAAAUCACAACUCCAUGUACAUCAGCAGAUUCACACAGGAGAGAAACCCUAUAGAUGUGCUGAGUGUGGAAAGGCUUUUACUGACAGAUCAAAUCUUUUUACACACCAGAAAAUUCACACUGGAGAGAAACCUUAUAAAUGUAGUGAUUGUGGGAAAGCCUUCACUCGGAAGUCCGGUCUCCACAUACAUCAGCAAUCCCAUACUGGAGAAAGGCAUUAUGAGUGCAGUGAAUGUGGGAAAGCCUUUGCAAGAAAAUCAACACUAAUUAUGCAUCAGAGAAUUCAUACUGGAGAGAAACCCUAUAUUUGUACUGAAUGUGGGAAAUCCUUCAUCCAGAAGUCACACUUAAAUAGACACAGGAGAAUUCAUACUGGAGAGAAACCCUAUGAAUGCAGUGACUGUGGGAAGUCUUUCAUUAAGAAAUCACAACUCCAUGAGCAUCAUCGAAUUCACACAGGAGAGAAACCAUAUAUAUGUGCUGAGUGUGGAAAGGCCUUCACCAUCAGAUCAAAUCUUAUUAAACACCAGAAAAUUCAUACUAAACAGAAACCCUAUAAGUGCAGUGACUUGAGGAAAGCCUUAAACUGGAAGCCACAACUCAGUAUGCCUCAGAAAUCUGACACUGGCGAGGUAGAGUGCUCAAUGCUACAAUUAUGGUGUGGGGACUCAGGAGGUGACCAAGGUCAACUUUCUUCUGUCUAGUUAGAAUUAUGAACAUCUGGAUCAUACAGCCGAUGUGCAGUUAUGCAUAUGGGGAGACACUUUUGAGAGUGUUUAAGCAUUGUAUAGUGGCCAUCUUUGGUUAUUUGAUAUUGGUAUUGUCAAGCUCCUGCAAAUAAUAGUAAAUGUGCAAGGAGAUGAUUUGCAGUCUUUCUUGUUUCACUUUUUGAGCAAACAGUUUUAUCAAUUCAGGGCUGUUGAGUUUUUCAUGUUCUGGGUACCAAAACUAUUCAAUAUUGACCCCAAAAAAUUCAUUAAUGAGUAGAGUGAUAAGAUAAUUUUACAUUGUCUAAGCAGCCUAAGGACACUGAGAUCAAGGCUAAAGGAGAGCAGUUCAGGUCUAUAAUGAAAAUGGAUCAGCAGUUUUUGUGAAAACACUAAAGACAGAAAGGAAGGACUCUACUUUUUUAAAAUUUUCUUUGGGAAGUCACCAUUAUAUAUUGUUAUAUCUGUUGUCGUAUGCUGGGGCAGAAGUUAGCCAAGAGGUCUGAAAUUACUCUUUGCCUAUUUCUCAAAAGUCUAUUUCCCCAGUGAUGUAAGCAACAGCGCCCUAACUACUUAUUACCUUAGAACUAGCGCUAAGAUCAUGGAACUUAGCUACAGGGACCCAGAUCUAGAUAGCAGCACUUUAGAUCCUCAGCUUUGACCACAGAAACGUGCACUUUUUUGAUGUUGUUGUUACCAACUCCUGUUUGAAAAAUAGGACAAAUUAAGAAAAUGGAUAUCAAAUCCUAAAAUCUUUCCCACUAAUUUUGUUAGUACAUUCUCUACAUGUUUGUUACUUGCUAGAUUACCAUUUACUUAGAAGAUAAAAUGUAGUUGAACAUUUGGAAGGCUUCUCCUUUUAUCUCCUCACAGUCUCUACAAACUAAUCUUAAUUUUGUUUUUCAGAUUCUCUGUAUUUGAGUAGACUUCUUUUCUUCUAUCAAAUACUAAAAGAAGUGUGUUGUGAUUUUACAAAUAAUUGUGAAUUUGUCUCCUUUAGAGCUACUAAUUUUUGCUUUAUAUUUUUUGUCUUUGAUUUUACAUACAAUUUAGAAUUGUUAUAAUCUUCCUUGUUAAUUGACACAUUAUCAUUACUAGAUGUUUAUUUUUAUCUCUAGUAAUUUUUGCCUUAAAUGUACUAUGUCAGAUACUAAUAUAAUACACAUACGGAUUAAAAGCUAAUGUAAAUUAGUACUAACAA